UCUCUGGUCGGCCAAACCAGACAGACGAACCCAUAGAAAAAAAAGAGGGAUUUGAAGGUUAGAUUGUCGGGUUUGUUGUUGAAUCCGAGAACGAAAAUGGGUGAAGUCGAAGUCAGAGAUCCAACCAUAAAGUUGUUUGGAAAGACGAUUGCUUUGCCGCUCAACCAUGGCGGAUUUGUUUCUUCAGAAUCCUCUGUUCCUAAAGCUCGCCAAAAGGGAAUCUCAUAUGAAGAAUUGGCAUCGCAAAAACAGGGGAAUGGCAGUGCGAAUCAAAUUACAAAUCAAGCAACGUCUGAAGUGAGUGAGAACCAAUCAGAAGAAAGAGAAAUUUCAUCUCCAAGAGCUUCCAAAAAUGGAGAACAGAGUGAAACAAGCAUCUCCCCUGACAACAAAACCUCAAAAAAACCAGACAAAAUUCUUCCUUGCCCUCGAUGUAACAGCAUGGACACCAAAUUCUGUUACUACAACAACUACAAUGUCAAUCAACCUCGUCAUUUUUGCAAGAAUUGUCAAAGAUAUUGGACCGCCGGCGGGACCAUGAGGAACGUUCCGGUCGGUGCCGGCCGUCGAAAAAACAAAAGCUCUUCAUCUUCCCAUUUAUGUCAGUUAAUAAUUCCCGACGGUGGAAUUCACCACCAUCAAUUUCUUGGGAAAAAUGGAACCUUUCUCACGUUUGGAUCAGAUACUUCGAUUUUCAACUCACAAAACUGUAACCAAAACGGAGAUGACCAUUCGAGUAAAUCUUCAAUUACAGCUUCCAAUUCCUCGGACAGAGGAGAUAAAAUCACCUCACAGCAAUCAACCGUGAAAAAUGUUUUGCCUUUUACACCUCAAUUACAGUCAUUUACAGGGCAUUCAUUGCCUUAUUCUUCAAUGGCCCCGCCGCCGUUCUACCCCCCUGGGUUUCCAGUGUCGUAUUACCCUGUUCUGCCGUACUGGGGCUGCACAAACCCGCCAUCUUCGACAGUAAUUAAUCACAAUGCUCAAAAUUCUCUCACAAACCCUUCUGUUUUGGGGAAACGUUUGAAAGUGGAUGAUCCGAAUGAAGCUGCAAAGAGCUCCAUACGAUCACCACUUGGAAUUAAGCAUGAAAAGGCUGCUGCAAGUUCCAUCAAGGGCGGUGCCCUUUUUGCUUCUUUCCAACAAGCUGCAAAGGGGAAAGAAGUAAACCACAUUGAAAGUUGGUCGCUUUUGCAGGCUAAUCCAGCAGCCUUUUCUCGGGCUUUGAAAUUCCAUGAGAUUGCUUAGCAUUAGAGUGGAAAUUCUUGUUAUUUUCCCAGCAGAGGCAGUUUAACGAAGACAAGACUGUAGCACACAUCCAACACGAGAACUCCACCUGAGUGGAACCCAUGUUUGGUGGUGGCUGGGGCAUCUGCUUAUGUCCAGCUUUCUUGUGCAUUAUUAUUACAAGUGAGAUAUAUAUACCUCUUCUACCCUGAUGGAACGCUACAUUCUUGGCUGUGUAACACACAUAUAUAUUAUAUAUAUUUCGAAAUAAAUUAUACU